GUGGCCGACCCCUGCGAUGUGCAGAACGUGGCCCGGCGGGUGGCCUGGGGCCGCUUCUUCAACGCGGGGCAGACCUGCAUCGCGCCCGACUACGUGCUGUGCAGCGUGGAGAUGCAGGAGAAGCUGAUGCCCGCCCUGCGCGAGGCCAUCACCGAGUUUUUUGGCUCCAACCCUCGGGAGUCCCCCGACUUCGGCCGCAUUGUGGGGGACAAGCAGUUCCGCCGCAUCCGGGCGCUGCUGUGCAGCGGACGCGUGGCCAUCGGAGGACAGACGGACGAGAAUGAGCGCUACAUCGCUCCCACGGUGCUGGCGGACGUGCUGCCCUCUGAUCCUGCUAUGCAGGAGGAGAUCUUCGGCCCCAUCCUGCCCAUCGUUGUUGUGGCCAGCAUGGACGAAGCCAUUGACUUUAUCAACGCGCGGCCGCGGCCAUUGGCCAUCUACGCCUUCUCCUGUGACAGCAAGGUGGUGAACCAGGUCCUGGAACGGACAAGCAGCGGUGGGCUCCGCGGCAACGACACCCUGAUGCCCGUGACGUUGACCUCGCUGCCCUUCGGUGGGAUCGGAAACAGCGGCUUGGGGAAAUACCACGGCAAGUUCACCUGCGACACCUUCACCCACCACCGCGGCUGCCUGCACCGCAACAUGGGGCUGGAGGCCCUCAAUGCCCUGCGCUACCCGCCCUACAGCCAGCAGAAGCUGGGGCUGCUGACAGCCACCUUCGAGAUCAAGCGCAAGGGCAUGUGCACCCUGCUUUGA